AUGAGAGAGAUCGUUCACAUACAGGCGGGUCAGUGCGGCAAUCAGAUCGGCGCCAAGUUCUGGGAAGUGAUCAGCGAUGAACACGGCAUCGACCCGACCGGCAGCUAUCACGGCGACAGUGACCUGCAGUUGGAGCGCAUCAAUGUCUACUACAACGAGGCAUCCAAUGGCAAGUAUGUGCCGCGCGCUGUGCUCGUCGACCUCGAGCCCGGAACCAUGGACUCAGUCAGAUCAGGUCCGUUCGGACAGCUCUUCAGACCCGACAACUUCGUGUUCGGACAGUCGGGCGCCGGAAACAAUUGGGCCAAAGGACACUACACCGAAGGUAUGGCCGCCACUCACUCUCUCUCCCCUUUGUGCGCCGAAUUAGUGGACGCAGUGCUGGAUGUGGUGCGCAAAGAGGCCGAGGGUUGCGAUUGUCUGCAAGCGAUUGAAAUGUCAUUUUCAAAGGACAACUCGUCCACAGUUAUCGACGGCAUCGAUGACGAGCCCAUCAAUAAACAGAUUAAUUUGUUUGGACGCGAUAUAAGUCGAGUGCCGUGUUUUAAAGAAUCCUUCCUUUACGGCCUGUUGGGCGGCAUCGGCUGCGGUCUCAUCACAUUCACGGCCACCAGUCGUGUGGGGAAGGCUUGUAAUAUUGCCGUCUAUUCAUUCACCGGAAUAGUGUUUGUCUAUUGGCUUCACUGUCGCAGCAAUAUUGCAAAGACUCGGUUCACUAUCGCACAGACGGAGGGAUACGUCACCAAUAGAUAUAGUGAUAGCAGCGAUGGAACCGCCGAUACACUCAAGACGACGGCCACUGAAUGAUACAAUUAAACAAAAAUAAUAGUAACAAAUGUUGGGAGAAAUGUGUUGACAAACAAAUGACAAGAAAAGGGGAGUUUAAAGCAGUUAGAAGUUGACAAUUAGAUCGGUUUGUAGAGUAAAGUUGUCACAUAUUUCUUGCGGUAGCGAUGGGUUGCACUCAAUACCAUUACCCCAUCCUAUAGUCAAUUCAUUCAAUUUAUUAGUUAUUGUAAAUAAAUUUAUAUUGAAAUAAAUACUGUUAAUGAAA